AUGGCACCUAAUUUCAUUAAUUCAACAUUUCUUACAAGAUCAAAACGUGGAGUCUUUAAUAUUGGUGGCUCCGAAAAUAACCCUGAGAUUCAAGGAUCGCACAAUAUCGUUCAUAUUGGUCUCAAUCCAAAAAGGAUAGGUGAAGAAACACUUAUGCGUAAAAUUGGUCAACAGACUGGCAGAGUAGCAGAAAGUGCUGCUGAUAUGAUAUCUGCUCCUGCUGAAUGGGUCAAUCAUAUGCAGGAUAACUGGUAA